ACAUUAACGUUUAGUAUUUUGUCAGUAUUAAACAUUAACAGCUGAUUCCUACCGGCGUUCGGCUAUCGUUAUCGUUAUCGCAUUACCUAAUAUAUCAAGCUGAAAUCGGGGCCGGAAUAAAACUUGGAUCAGCUGAAAAUGCAUACGGAUCUCUCGGCCCAUCUGCACACCCCCGCUUGCAAUAAAUUAAUUGAAGAACUUCAGGCCUGCCAUCAGAAUCACGCUUUUGCCAAGUUUGUUGGCGUUUGCAACAGCAUAGACGACAAGGUGGUCAAGUGCCUGAAGGGAGAACGCAUUGCUAGAUCGGCGGCCAAUAGAGCUAAAGCUCGUGAGCGCCAGCAGCAGUAUAAGGAAAAACUUUCCCAGGAGAACCAGUAA